UCGAGGACAAAACAAAGGCCUUGAAAACAUCUAACGAGGACAUUCUAGCAGGGAAUGGAACUUUCAGUGCAAGUAGAGCAAUGAGCAGAAGGUAGUUUUCUCCUUUGAGUAAACGUUCUCUUAUCUCUUGAGCUCUUGGCACCCGUGGCCGUAGAAUGAGAGGUGCCACCUUCAUCAGAAGGCCAAACAGGGCAAGGCCAUGGGAAAGGAGUAGACAGUUGGCUUUGGUGGAGAAGGAUUUUUCCUCUUUCCUCUCUCCCAGUGGAGACUUCAAGGCUCAGAAGGCCUUUCGUGGGAUUUGCUGGCCUCUUUCUAACCUGAUGCCAGGUGGGCCAAAAGGGUGUGUGGUCCAGGACAGUUCUCCAGGUAAGAAGCUAGGCAGUGGGCUGGCAAGACCUGGGCAUUCAGAGAUGGAGGAGCACCGACCUGCAGGCAGCCAUGGGCUGGAGCCAGGCCUUAUGUAUUUAAGAAUGCAUGACUCACCAUUCCAAAGUACUGUGUCUCUUACCUAUGCUGUCUCUACACUGCAGCCCCCUUCUAGCCCUAAAGAGAAGGGAGAGAGGGAAGUCAUUGUCUACCCUUGCAAGGACAGCCAGGGGAACCAUCCUUUUCUUUGUGAGCAUGUGCUGGGUGUGUUUUUGGAUGAGUACUUCUACCUGGAACAAACAAUGGGCAGGCAGGAUAGCAGAGGGUAUUAUGGAGAGAAAAUGGAGAAGAUCCCUGGCUUCGUGGCACUUAGAAGAACUUCAUGGGGGAAACAGACACUAAAAAAGAGGCAAACUGGAACAUAA